UUAGGACAUCAUGGACCAUCUGAACAACAGAAAUGCAAUCAACGAUCCCAACCAAUGCAGACUCUGCAUGCGGGUAUGUGACGACAACUUUCUCGAGUACAUCUUUACCGAUAAGGAGUACAGCAUCGCUCAUCAAAUAUUUGAAUGCACCUCGAUACGCGUAACCAAGCAAGACAAUCUGACCAAAAUAUGCAAGAACUGCGCUUCGCUGUUAUUUCUGACAACGGAAUUUCGCAACGCAUGCUUCAAAACCAAUCGCCUGUUGAUGGAAGACUUCGUCAUACUGGAGCUGGAUGAUUGGGCCUCCGAUCGUAACCAGUUGCUUUUGAGGGAGUGUGAAACUUUUAUAGUACGGCACAAGCAGCAGGUAGACUAUCUGUAUGCCAGCAUUGUCACAAACAGUGACCAUUAUCUGGAUGGAUCCCUCGCAAUUGGCACGGAACUGUUCGGCGAAGACGUACAACAGCGGCUGGAAAGAAAAGGUGGACAGGAGAAAUCGAACUUUGUGCAGCACACAAAACCCGCCGUACCGUAUGACCGUUUGCAGCCGUGCGAACCGGAUCCGGAGAUUCUGAUCGAGAUUACGAAGUUUCUCGAGGAGCAAACACCUUCCCACCAGGAUAGUCCACUCGAGCACACAAAUCCGCUUCAGAAUAGUUCGAAACCGGGCGAACAACCCAAUCGUUGCAGUCUCUGUUGCACUGUAGGUGACGCAAUUGUUGGAUUAACACAUCAGCAGCAAACCAUUGCCAGAAUGCUCAACAUCGACCAAUCAAAGCCUAAUAGACUCCGGUCGUGUAACGAGUGCUGUCUGCUGCUGGAUGCGAUCGAUGGUUUUCAAAAAACUAUCUCUAUCGCACAGGAACUAUCGCAACAGGCUCCGAGUUCUGGCGAAACGCUGAAGUUUGACAGUAUAGUAGAGUUGGGACAAUGUUUGGUAGACAAACUGAAGCACAAGCAGGACGCCUUUGCCGGGUUGCGGAACAAAUUGGCAAAGACGCGGGCAGGCUCCGACGAAACCGAACCCAAGUUGGCUAUCGUAAAAAAGUCCUCCAAACGCACGAAAGUCGCCUGCCAUAUCUGUGGCAAGCAGUACGACAGUUGGAAGCUAAAAACGCAUCUCAACGAACAUGACAAUAUUCGUCCUUAUGCUUGCGAUCAGGAAGGUUGUAGCAGCACGUUUACCGGGCUGGUGCUUCUAAAUCGACACAAAAAGUUGUGGCACACCGAUUACUUCUAUGCCGCGUGUAGUAUUUGUGGCAAGAAGUGUAAAACGCAGGGUAUCUACAAAACUCACCUAACGUACCAUGAGGAACCGAAGCUCCCUUGUACGGUUUGUGGUAAGCUGAUGCGUAACAAGCGUGCAAUAUGGAAGCACAUGAAAACGCACAGUAACGACAGGAAGCACGUGUGUGGUGUAUGCAAUAAAACGUUUACGAUUGCCUAUACGCUUCGCGUGCAUAUGCGCAUACACACAAACGACAAACCGUAUCCUUGUGCGCGAUGUGAUAAACGGUUUCAGUAUAAAUGUUUGCUGAAGAACCACUUUCAACGAUACCAUACGGAGGAUGGUUCCCUAACAAGUCUUUGA